GCGCCCCACCGAUCAGCAUUCCGCACUCGACGCGAGGGCGAAGCGCACGCCCUGCAGUUAACGAUCGCGUACGACGCGCCGCGCGCUCGCGGCUAGACGACCGCCAUGUUUGACGUAUUCGGCUCCGUGAAGGGGCUUCUCAAGCUCGACUCUGUGUGCAUCGACAACAAUGUGUUCCGGCUUCACUACAAAGCCACCGUGAUCAUCCUGAUCGCGUUCUCGCUGCUCGUCACGUCGCGGCAAUACAUCGGUGACCCCAUCGACUGCAUCGUCGACGAGAUCCCGCUCGCCGUUAUGGACACGUACUGCUGGAUCUACUCGACUUUCACAAUCCCGAACCGGCUAGUGGGCCGCGUCGGCAAGGAUGUGGUGCAGGCCGGUGUGGCCUCGCACGUCGACGGCCAGGACGAGGUGAAAUACCACAAGUAUUACCAGUGGGUGUGUUUUGUGUUAUUCUUCCAAGCCAUUCUGUUUUACGUGCCGCGAUACCUGUGGAAAACAUGGGAAGGAGGCCGCAUCAAGAUGUUAGUGCUCGACUUGAACUGCCCGGUCGUUGGAGACGACUGCAAAGACAGCCGCAAGAAGUUGCUUGUGGACUACUUCCAUACAAACCUGCAUACCCAGAACUUCUACGCGUUCCGCUUCUUUAUCUGCGAAGUGUUGAACUUCAUCAACGUCGUGGGCCAGAUCUUCUUCAUGGACUUUUUCCUGGACGGCGAGUUCUCCACGUACGGCAGUGACGUGGUCAGUUUCACCGAGAUGGAGCCCGAGGAGCGUGUGGACCCGAUGGCUAGAGUGUUCCCGAAAGUGACCAAAUGCACCUUCCACAAAUACGGUCCUUCAGGAACCGUGCAGAAGUUCGACGGUCUGUGCGUGCUGCCAUUGAACAUCGUCAAUGAAAAGAUCUACGUGUUCCUGUGGUUCUGGUUUAUGAUCCUGUCGAUCCUGAGUGGAAUUUCGCUGAUUUACCGCAUGGCCGUGGUGGCUGGACCGCGCGUGCGCCUGUACCUGCUGCGUGCGCGCAGCCGCCUGGCCCCGCAGGCGCAGGUGGAGGCUGUAGCGCGCGAGCUACAGAUCGGCGACUGGUUCGUGCUCUACCAGCUCGGCAAGAACAUCGACCCUCUCAUCUACAAGGAGUUGAUGGGCGAGCUGGCCGAGAAGUUCGAAGGGAAGGACAGUGUGUAGUCUGUAGGAGAGUGUGAAGCGGCUAGUGGACUUUGGGUCGUCCAUGUGACGUGUUAAUAGUGAUCGAGGGCCCGGUCCGCGUGGCGGGCCGGCGGGCGCUACCUGCGCCCGCGCCGCGGACCGGGCGGGGCGCGCCGCGCACAAAGAGCGCCGGGAGCGGCUGCACGCCGACAUUCCAUUACCCACGGCCGGCACGGGGAACGACCUCCGUCGAGCCGCACUCGUUGUAUUCCAGAACCGCUUUCAAACACUUUAACGCUACCGAAAUUGAAAUAGGUGAUAUGACUCUUCCAAACGCAACACUGACUGAGUCGCGCCGCAGAGGGCGCGCGUGCAUUUAGCGUAACGUUAUUGGGGCAUGUUUAUACUAGUAGUCGUAGAUGUAGUUAGAUCUCGUGCCUUCGUUUUGUAUUUUGUAUUAUUUGUGUGCGAGUGUAUCAUGUUGAAGGAACGUCUCAUUGUGAUAUGUAAUUAUUAUUAAUCUAAAUUAAGUGACUAGCGUGUAUGAACAGAACGUGUGGAGCGGCUACACGAUACGAUAUUGUAUAAAGCAAUAAUAAAGCUAAACUUUAGUAAAACGUAACUGAACUAUUAAUUAUAAGAUAAAGGCUAAGUAUACAAAUUGCAAGUCGACAAUAUUAUUCGUAAUAUGCAUAAGUAAUUCGUACUGAUUUGUAUUAAACUUUAAACUUUUUUACAUUGAUAAAAUCGAUAAAUACCUGCGAUCAUGGUUGAUAUUUUCUGAAUAUAUUUACUGCCACAUAAA